AUGAUGAUUGGAGGUAAGAAGCAAAAACAGAGACCAUUAAGAUUAAAAGAUAAAAGAGGACGAUACAUACAACAUGGAGUAGAUAGAGUUUACAUUAGAUCAAAAAAGAAUGAUAAAAAAUUGAUUAGAAAGUUGAUUAGAGAAGCAUUAGAUGAUGAGAGGAAACAACAACAGCAACUCUCUAAAGAAAGCAGCCCUGUAUUGGCUUGGUCAAAUCCAAAUGAAGUUGCCAUGAUCAAAUCAAUACAGGAUGCCAACUUUAGAGAGUCUGUACUCAAGAAUCAACAAGAAUUGGAUAAAGAAACAAAGAAAAAGAUUAUUGAUCUAACAAAAGAUGAUAUUCAAGUAAAACAAGAGAUACCAAUAGUAAAAAAAGAAAAUGAUAGAUUUGAUCAAUUGGAAAAGAGAUUGUCAAUGUUGUUUGAAGCAAAGGAGGAGAAAUUAAAGAGAAGACAAGAAAAAGAUGAUAGAUCAAUGGAAAUACUUUACAAUCAAAAGUUGACAGAAAAGAGAAUACAAGAAUUGGAAGGCAAGUAUGAAAAUACAAGACAAAUAGAUGAACAAUUACAAUCAAUUAUAGAUAUGAACAAUGAAAUGAAAGAAAAGAAUCUUUUGGAAUUGGAAAGAACAAUUCAAGCAAAUCAAGUAAAUCAAGCAAAACAAACAGAACAGCAACAAAAGAUUGGUGGAAGAUCAAAGGUCUUUAUGAUAGAAUAA